AUGCAAAUAUCAAUUGUUAUCGAAUUCGUUUUUCUAUUUAUUUUUUCAACAAAUCGUCUUCGUUCUUCGUUGUUCACUCAAGCGGAUCCGGCGUCGUGCCGCCGACAAGUCGAAUGUUUCAUAUGUGACUCGCGAGAGAAUCAAGCGUGCGAAGAUUCACGAACAUUUACUCAAAAUCAAAUACCAACACGUUUAUGUGAUGAUUACUGCUUGAAAAUGUGGACGCGUGAAAACGAUAGUAUUUCCGGCGACGACAAAACAGCGGCAUCACGUUAUGUCCGACGUGAUUGUCAUAAAAUCUUUCGUUAUCAUAUCAAGAAAGCAGAAACUUGUUAUCAACAUAAGAAGCAUCAUUUGGAUUCAUUUUGUUUAUGCAGUUCGGAUCGAUGUAAUUCAUCUAUUAAUAUUCGACUAAAACCUGUCUAUUAUUGGCUUUUUUUCAUCUUUUUUAUUUUCUAUUGUCUCGAUGUGUUUUCCUUGGUUAUCAAUUAUUAG